AUGAGCCAUUCUCACCCCGCUGGAUUACUUGCAGCAUACAACAGCCUUACUGAUAAACACCUGGCUGGGUAUUUUAACAAUACGAGGAUAAGGCGACAUCUCUUAAGAUCAGGGCUGAUCACAAGAAGUGGAAGAAUUCUUUCUGAAAAAGAAUACAAAUUAAAUGUCAUGAAGCGAGAGCACCAAAAAUAUGUUCGGGAGUGCUUAGCCCAGGCUAUUUUCCAUAAGGUUCUUGAUAUGGAGCGUUACCAUCAGCUUGAAAUAAAAAAGAAACUGGAGACCUUAGCUAGGAAGGAGCGAAUUCCCAGAUUUAAGGGAGAGCACACAAGCCGGUCAAUUGAAAAUAAUAUGCCAAUCCUGUCUCCUCAUCCCCCAGCUGGCCCAAAGACCAACCAUGGCCAUAGUGUUCUGGUUAACGAAAGACAUUCCAGUCCAUUAACACUGACAGCCCCUCGACCAUAUACUGCUCCAGGAAAUAUGCAGCCUCCAAUUCGAUUGCAGCCUCUUCCCAGUAAUCCAGCUAUAAGAACUGUUCCAAAGAUUACGCCGGGGUCCAGACCCAAAACCUCAAUCCUGGAAAAUGAAGCUCCAUUUCCUAUUGGGGGCAAGAAGGCCAUGAUGAAGUUCAGGAACUCCACAGACAAUUCACAGAGAAUGAAUCCAUAUCAACUUCCGAACAUUAGCAGUUAUUUGAUGCCUAUUCCUCCUCCACCUCCUCCCCUAAAUGGAAAAAUCGCCAAGGAAAAUAGAUCUGAAACAUGGAGAAGGAGAAGAUUUCAUCCAACCACAGCUCCAAAUGGCUUGGAACCUCUCUUUACAAGGGAUUCAAGAAGGAUUCAUAAAACAUCACUGCAUAGUAAUGCAGCUAUCACAAUGAUUUAUUUGGGUAAAAAUGUGCAUCUAUCUUGUGAUAACUCAGACUUCCGGGAUGAAAUAAAAGUUUAUCAACAGCACUGUGGUGGGGAGAACCUUUGUGUCUACAAAGGCAAGCUACUUGAAAAAGAAACCUUCCAGUUUAUUUCCAAAAGGCACCAUGGUUUUCCCUUCAGUCUUACCUUUUUCCUGAAUGGGAUGCAGGUGAACAGAUUAAGCUCGUGUUGUGAAUACAAGCAUCGAAAAGGUUCCAGACUUGGAGGCAGAAGAGGCUAUUUUGGGUUUGUGUGCGUGGAGAAAGCAUCUCCUUGCUACAAGUGUAUUAUCGCAAUGGGCCUUGACACAAAAACAUCUUCAGCAAAACAUAGAAAAGGAAAGAUCUCUGAGAAGAGAGAGGAAUUGGAGAAUGACAUGAAACUGAGCAAGGAUAGAGAGUACCUGAUACCAAGAAGAAAUGAGAUGAAGGGGAAGAAAAUCUCUAUGUCAACCAUUUUUUCAGCUCAAGAAAUAAAAAUGGGGGUCAGAGAUGUGAGAACGGCCAUAGAAGAAAUGGAACAAAAACGAAAAUCAGUAGAAGAUGUUUGGGAAGAUUACCAGGAAAAUACUUUCAAAUACGAAUAUGAAGAAGAUUUUGAAGUCGAUGAGGAGAAACAAAAUGAGAAACCUAAUGAAGAAGGACAGGCUGAUGAUCAAAUGAAUGGAAUGUCAAAGUCACCCUCAGAUGAUGAAAAAGAUAAUUUAGGCACUGAAAGGGAGAGUGAAACCUCAUCACAGAAGGCACCAGAUGCUGAUGACAAUGUGAAAGAUGGGGAUGAUGGAUGCUCUGAGAGCGAAUUGGAAGAGGACAAACAAGAUAUAAAAACUGCUUCAUCAACCUCAUCCAGAAGUCACACAUAUUCUGGUGACAGUGAAGAUGAAUCUGCAGUAGAGGACAGGGAAGCCCAUGAUGAAAACAGUGCAGAUGAAGGUGCCAGAAGUUCAUCUUCUCAGGAGCUGAGUGAAAGUGAUGAGCGAGGGCCAUCCCCCCUUCCUGUUACAGAACCCUUAGAAAUUAAAAUUGAAGACCAGGAAAUAGAAGAAUCAGAUGUGGAGACCUCACCUCUACCAAUACAGGAAAGCUUUGAGAAUGUUCUUGAAGAAAAAAUGGAGAAAGGAACUCAAGAGGUUGCAGACAGUUUAUCUGAGAAGUCAGAGAAACAUGUUUCCAAGGAAGCAAAGGAAGAGAAGAGUAAGCUUUGGGAAUUAAGCACUGCUAAUGAGUGGGUCAAAAAGGCAGGUCUCCCUGAGGCGCAGGGAGAUGGAAAUAAUUCAUUGCCAUCAGUAUACGACCUGGCUCUUGGAGCACAAAAGAAUAAUUUAGUUGUGGAAGAAAGGGUAGCACUUGAUUCAAAUAAGGAAACCAAGCAAGCUGCACAAGAAACAUAUGUCCUGGAGAAGAAAGAAGCUACAGAGGAAGAUGAAGCCGCCCAACACGGGGAUGCUGACACAGAGGAGAAAGAAGGGGGUGCAGUACCCAGGGCAAAAGCAGCGAUGACUCAGGUCCCCGUAGGGGAAUGGAAGCCUAUGGCAGAGCGGCCAACAUUAGAGAAAGUCACAGAGAAAAGACAGCCGCCUGCAGGUAAAGGCAGUGGGGCAGGGACAGGCACAGGAGACGGAAGUCCAGGCCAACGGGGGCUGAGCCCCACAGGAGAAGCAGCAGUAGGGGGUUCUGUGGCUCUGAGAGAAGUGGAGGUUCCUGAAGAGCCGGCCUCCACCGGAACAGUGCCUGAGCCAGAACAUGCAGUGUCCGCAGGGAAGCAAACUGUGCAGCAAGUGGGGCUUGCCAACAAGGCCGUGGCUCCGAGCUCCGAGUGUUUGCAGGGGGCAGCAGCCGAGAGAGAAGCAGGGACGCUGGAAAAGGCAGGAGAGGCUGACGGAGAGGCAGCCAUGAGCGAGGCAGGGUCCCCCAAGCCAGAUGUGGACCAAAAUGAAGAGGACGCAUCCACAGAUCCAGAGACCAUGGGGCCGGUGGGAGACGCGGCCUCCGAGCCCGGGGCUAGCUCUGAAGAGGCAGUGGCUGGGGGAGAGGAACGGGCUGAAGAGAGGAAGGGGCUGAUGCGGGCAGAAACCCCCUUGAGCUCCUCCAGAGGCGAGGCCGAGGCAAGCUGCGGGGGCGUCUCCGAGGGCAUUUCUGAAGCGCUUCGUAAGCAAGAGCAGGUUCUGAUGGAGGCCGAAUCGGACACGGGAGAGGGCCGGAAAGACGCGUUGUGCCCUGCCACAGUGGACGCAGCAGCAGACGGGAGGGAAGCUGAGAGGCCAAACGCAGCUCCAGAGGCACCUGCCGCGGACGGAGCAGAGGAGCCCUGGACUAGGGCGCGCCCGCUAGACGCCCAGCGAACACCUAACGGCGAAGAGCGGACACCGGGGAAGGAACUGAGCGUCGAAGAGGAAGCCACAGAAGCCCCUCGAAGUGGAAGCGAACCCGAUGCCAAGGCGGCGGCCUCCGCGGAGGCGGCUGCAUUGGCCGCAGAAGAAGGGCGUCCAGGAGAUCCGCUGACAGAGAGCGUGGGGACCGCCAGUGGGGCAAUCCCUGGAUCAGAGGAGUCCCUGGAGGACUUAACAGCUCCGAGGAAAGGAGGGGCAGGGGAAGGACCGAGCGAGGCGGGAGACGCAAGGCCCAGGGAAGGAGCGGCGCCACAGGACGGGCCCCGGCAUGGCGGAGCGGGCGCGGCAGGAGCGCCCAAGGGUGAGCCCGCAGGAAGGGCACAGGCGCCGGAGGGGACCGUCGCGGCCUCAGGGGAGGCGGAGGAGGCUGCAGCCAAAGACCAGCACUGCCUUGCAGGGCAGGGGAAGGACGCAGACGGGCCUCUGAGGGGGAGAGGUGCAGGAAGGGUCGUGAUAGUAGCCCCGGAAGAUGCUCCAGAGGGAGAGCCCGCGAUGGCGGGCAAAUUGAGCCACGCAGAGGGCGACGAGGACCCAGAAGACGAGGAGGAGGACGAUGCCGAAGAGCGCCCCCUGGGGACAGGACAGAGGGAAGCAAGGAGCCUGGUGGCUGAGGAAGAUCAAAGCCAAGGGGGAGGAGCUGUCCUAACCGAGAAGAGGGAGCUGUUGGCAGAUCCGCAGGGGCCCGAGCGGAACACAGCGGGAAAGAAGGCCGCCUCCAUUCCCGAUGUUACGGGGGAGGAGACUUGGCACAAAGGGGAUGAGUUGCUAGGAAAAGCAACAGCUGUAGAGAGGGCGGCGGUGGGGGAGCUGACAGCUCCACCGCCGUCAACGCAGGAGGCUGAGAGUGCACCCGGACAGGACCCAGAGGCAGGGUGGGCGGCCGCGGGGGACGGCGGCCCGGCUCAGGAAGCAGGAAUCCCUGAAGAGGAGAGACCGGGGUCGUGGCCCGAGGGACCAUCAGAGUCCAGAGGCCAGAAUCUCCGGGCGGUGGCAACACCUCCUGCGAAGCCCAGUGUCCCUGGAACCCAACAAACGCAAGAACAGGUGGUGCAACAGCCCAGUGAGCCUGCAGAGAUUUCCUUCAACAACGUGAGGGCCUAG